UGCAGCCUGGUGCCCAACCUGUUUAGGUACAUGGGAUGGCAUCCUGGAAGGACCCUCUAUCAGUCUCUGGGUGAAGGCAUUGCUGAAAAGCUAGGAGACCCAAACGCAACUUUCAAGGACCUUUAUGUUACGACGGGGAGAGAACUAUGCGUGGUGGUUACCAAUCUAACCACCAUGAUGGAGGAAUAUUGUCACGUCAAAACCACUCCCAACAUGCCAAUAAGGACAGCUAUCAGGAUGUCUAUGUCUACUCCAGUUGUGUUCCUUCCUGUAAAGCGGCAAUACAUGGGUCGAACCGAUCUCUAUAUCGACGGCGGUGUUUUGUGUAACUAUCCAGUUCACUGUUUCGAUGGGUGGUGGCUUUCUAUGAAACCUGAAGAUGCUCUCCUGAAGAAGAUGCAACCUUUGGAGGAUGCAGCCAAGCUUCUCACAAAGAAGGAAAGGUUUGGAAUGUUCAACGACAAAACCUUUGGCAUGAUCAUCUACAGUGAUUACGACUCCCAUGUACUGGCUACCAAUCCAGAUUUAGAAGCCCCCAUUGCACCUAUACCAGAUACAAAACUUGCCAGAGCUCACGACAAAAUAAAACAGAAGCGUGAAUUGAACUGUAAACAUCAUCGCCUGGUGACAGACGCCAUGACCCGUUUUCUGAAGGUUCUGGAUCAAAAUAGUAUCGGAGGUACUAUGAUUAAUAUCAACGCGUUCAAGCAAGUCUUCAACAAUAAUGAGGAGUUUACACCUGACCAUGCUCACAUUUUGUUCGGGGAAAAUCUGACUGUCGACGAAAUAUUUGACAGCCUUGAUGCUAACUCCGACGGAGAGAUUGACUUCAAUGAGCUGAUGUCCUUAGCGGAGCUGGCGGGAGUAGGAAUCCAGACCCAUCAUAUUGGAACGGGGCGGCUUGAUAUCAAGAACGUAACAGAUUAUCUCACUGGAAUCUUCAGCAUGCUACUGCUGAACGUCAAAAGAGCUUUCCUGGAGGGCCAGGACAUUGAGCGUACGGUACUCAUCAACACUGUCUAUGUGAAAUCCAUGGACUUCAGCCCAGAGACAGAGGACCUGGAUUUCUUAGUAGAGCAAGGCCGUCGUGGAGUUCAAACGUUCCUCAAAUACCACAACAAGACUGCGAAGGAAGAAGCUUCAUAAAGUCACAUCCCGAAGUGUAUGGCAACUUGGUAAAAAUGUACAAGUUAAAGAAAACCUCAUCCAAAGAAAUACAUUUAGUUAUUCUGAGAGAUUUAUUGUACUCAUUAAUCUACGCGAUUCCCUACCAAAGGGUGUAGGAAAGACUUAAUGCAAGAAUGAUGUACAGUUUCUCAGCAAGGGCAUCGCUAUUUUCUUGAUGACGUUACGUACUAUGUGACGUCGAUUAUCAAGUAGAAUUAAAUGUAUAGAUGCUUCCUUCCCAGUUGUUUGGUGAUGAAGCAUAACUUUCACCUGAUAUUAUCCUUUGUACUUCAAUUACCAGAACCCCAAAUGGCGUAAAUAAGUUGGUGCUUUUCUGGGGUAAAGGUUUCGCCUAAGUGAAAUUGACUUGUCAACUGCUAUAUUUUAGUAUACGUGUAGUUACAAUUUUCCCUUGUUAUAUAUGUUUCACCAAAUAUAAUGUUUUCCUUCUUAGCUAUGAUUUUCCCUUAUUGAAAAGUAAAGGUUUUUUCUUUGAAUUAGAAAGUCUUUGCUACUAAAGCUUGGUACGUUAUACAUGUACAA